GUAUUUCGGACUAGAGGCUGUAUUUAUGCGCAUAGCAACAGCCAGCAAGGCUUUGUUUGGUUUUGUAAAUCAGAUUCGGAACCAAUGGCUGCCACCGAACACAGACUAAGCUUGGAACCUGAGAAAAAGAACCUUCUCAGACACCACACCGAGAAGCACUUCACAGCCGGCGAAAUCGUCCGCGACAUCAUCAUCGGCGUUUCCGACGGCCUCACCGUCCCCUUCGCCCUCGCUGCCGGACUCUCCGGUGCCAAUGCCACCUCCUCCAUUGUUCUCACCGCCGGCAUAGCCGAAGUUGCCGCCGGCGCCAUCUCCAUGGGUCUCGGCGGUUAUUUGGCAGCAAAAAGUGAAACUGAUCACUACGCCAGAGAGUUGAAAAGAGAGCAAGAAGAAAUCAUCGCCGUGCCAGAUACUGAAGCGGCAGAGGUAGCAGAAACACUGGCUCAGUACGGAAUAGAGGCACAUGAAUAUGCACCUGUGGUGAAUGCUCUCAGAAAAAACCCUCAAGCAUGGCUUGAUUUUAUGAUGAAAUUUGAGCUGGGACUAGAGAAGCCAGAUCCAAGGAGAGCAUUGCAUAGUGCAAUGACGAUUGCCAUUGCUUACAUAUUAGGUGGGGUUGUUCCUCUCGUUCCUUACAUGUUCAUUCAAAAGGCAGCAGAGGCAGUUGUGUUUUCAGUUGUGGUUACCUUGGUUGCAUUGCUGAUUUUUGGCUAUGCAAAGGGGCACUUCACGGGCAAUAAACCAUUCAGGAGUGCUUUGGAAACAGCUCUAAUUGGUGCCAUCGCCUCUGCAGCUGCUUUUGGUUUGGCAAAGGCUUUCAAUCCAUAGAUUCUCGAUACUUUGUACUUGGUGGCAACUAAUCUAAUAACUUUUGCAUUCUUCCCAAAAAAAAAAGAAGUUUCUUUUCAACUUCUUUGUUGUUAGUUGUUACUUGUUACAUAUUUUCAUUUUUUUGUACCAUACAGUUACCUGCAAGUACAACCGUUUUUAUUAAACUUUGGUGUGAAAUAUUACCCUUACAUUAGAAUUGUCUCUUUUGUUGUAUAAUUGUAUAUUUGAGAAAAUUUUGAA